CGCCAUAUUAGCCAAUCUCAGCGCCACUGCUGCUGCCACCUCUGCUGCCGCUUAUCAAUACCUGGGCCAACAUUACAAAUAUUAUAGUCAGUCGUUCAGUUUCUAUGCUGCCUCGAGUGUCAUAUUAAUGCUCUGCUAUCUGACCACCACAUCUACGGCCGCUGCCACAAACUCGGAAUCGGGUGCCAUAGAUAAGCAUCCUAUUCAUGGCAUCGAUUGGUCGAAAUUCGACGAGUCCAGUUCGGAUAAGGAAAUUUUAGAUUUAUUACUGGAGAAGAAGCGCUAUGAUAAGCGACUACUGCCGCCUGUAAAUGAUGAAGACUUUUGCUGUGGUUUACAAUCGCCCGAUAUGGCUAAAAAUCAAAAUGUGCGGAGACCACACAAUCGCGGCACCCUUACGGUCAACGUGAACGUGUUGCUUCUGAGCUUAGCAUCGCCAGAUGAGAGCAGUUUGAAAUACGAGGUGGAGUUCCUGUUGAACCAACAGUGGAACGAUCCACGGCUGCAGUACGGCAAUAAGUCGCAUUACGAUUUCUUAAACGCUCUGCACCAUCACGACAGCAUCUGGACGCCGGAUACUUAUUUUAUUAUGCAUGGUGAUUUCAAGGAUCCCAUCAUACCAAUGCAUUUCGCUUUAAGAAUUUUUCGGAACGGGACCAUUACGUACGCAAUGAGACGACACUUGAUAUUAUCCUGUCAAGGCAGUCUACACAUUUUUCCAUUCGAUGAUCCAAAGUGCUCGUUUUCAAUGGAAAGCAUAUCCUACGAGGAGGCGCAAAUCAAAUAUGUUUGGAAAAAUGACGAGGACACUCUUCGAAAAAGUCCCUCACUGACCACAUUGAACGCCUAUUUGAUUAAAAAUCAAACAACGGCCUGUGAUCAAAACAGCUGGAGAGGGAACUACAGCUGUCUUAGGGUCGAUUUAAUCUUUACCAGAGAUCGUGCAUUCUAUUUCACCACCGUUUUUAUACCUGGCAUUAUAUUGGUGACGUCAUCCUUUAUUACAUUCUGGCUAGAAUGGAAUGCCGUGCCAGCUAGAUCUAUGAUAGGUAAUUACAGUUGCCUACAGGUCGAGUUGACAUUUACCCGUGAUCGUGCGUAUUAUUUCACAACCGUUUUCAUACCUGGCAUUAUAUUGGUGACCUCCUCGUUUAUCACAUUCUGGCUGGAAUGGAACGCAGUGCCAGCCAGAGUUAUGAUCGGCGUGACAACAAUGUUGAAUUUCUUCACUACCUCGAACGGUUUCCGCAGCACGUUGCCCGUCGUCUCCAAUCUGACGGCCAUGAAUGUGUGGGACGGUGUCUGCAUGUGCUUCAUAUAUGCCUCGCUUCUGGAGUUCGUAUGCGUCAAUUAUGUGGGCCGAAAGCGUCCGCUGCACAAUGUGGUCUAUCGUCCCGGUGAAAAUCCCGUAACACAGCGUCUUCCAGCGGUACUAAGCAGGAUCGGAGUAAUUCUUGCAAGUCCUUUGGCAAGCGCCGGCGCUAGCCCAACCCUGGCCACCCCGCUCUCUGGGGUCACAGCCGCAUCCACAGCGACGCCCAGCACUCCGCGGCUCAUCAGCGACGAGCAGGGAGGGAUGCGUUGGCAGGAAGCGCAUGGCGGCAUCAUUGGGGCAGCAGUGCAAAAUUUGCGGGCUCGUUCAAUUAAACGCAAAAGUGCCGCCGCGGCGGCCACUGUGGCAACAACAAUCUCCAAGCCAAGUGCCGAGCAUGUCUAUGCGGAGCCUGCAGAAUUGAUGCCAAGUGCCACCACGGCCACGCGUGUCAAAUUCAAGGAUGAACAACAACAGCAGCAGCAGCAGCAGCAACAAGAGGAAAGGCCAGCGCCAGAGCAGGAGGCAGAGGCAGGAGCGGGAGCGGGAGUAGAAGCGGAGGGGCAGCUCGGACUGCGUCGUUCGGUGGCCACCAGCACGCCAGCUUUGGUUCUGCGCAUUGAGCGCGAACAACUGAAGCAGGAUAUGGAAAUGAGUGAAGGACAUUUGUUGCAAUUGCCAUCGAAGCCGCCCCGCAAGAAAUCAUCGCGCUCCAAUUCGCCGGCAAGUGUUUAUGGUGAGUGCGAAGCAAUGGAGCACCUACAAGGACAACAGACGAUAAAACCUCCAGAAGCAGCUACGAAGUUCGAGGCAAUGGAAAGCGGCGAGAAGCGACGCGAUGCCGGCGGUCCCAACGAGAUUGUGGCCUGCACCACUUGUGGUGGCAGCAACAGCCCCUGCACUCACUCGGCGAACAAUGGCUGCGCUACAGAGACUUGCUUCGUACAGAUGCGAAAAAAGGAGCCACCACAUCCCAUACGCGUGGCCAAGACCAUCGAUGUUAUUGCAAGAAUUACAUUUCCAACUGCUUAUGCCAUAUUUCUGAUAUUCUUCUUUGUACACUAUAAAGGGUUUUCGUAAAACUAAGCAUCAUGAAAAGUAUAUCAUAACAAAUUCGCGCGUUCAAGUGCUAUGCUAGUGCAAAUAAAAUGUAGUCGCGCACCCAAAAUAUUGUUUAUAUGGAACAUUUUCCUAAGUUAGGCCUUGCAAAGUCAUUUAAUUUUAACGUAACAAAGGGAAACACAAAGUAAUUUAAUAACAAUUAACAACUUACAAUUAUAAAAUUAAAUCUUAAACCAGUAUGGCAAACAAGUGAUAAAACGCAAAACGUCAAAAACUUAGUUUAAAAAAACAAUGAGUUGUUAUCGCAAAAACACAAAUGAGAAAAACAAACAAGCGUUUAACAUAAGUUGUUAUUAUGUACGAGUAUUUAAACAUUAUUAAAUUUAAAUGUAUUGCAAUUCAAAACUAACAACAAAAAACAAAA